GCUGAAGCUACGAUAGCCUCAAAUCAGAUAUUGCAGUUUCCGACGAGCCUGAAACAUAGGCCGUUCCGGAACAUCUUUUCGUUACACAGCCUUGAACUCGUCAUAGACGAGCUUAGUAUUGCUCCGAGACCAUCGGGAGCGGAACAAUCAUGCUCGCUCGGCUUUAAACUUUCACAGCUCACAUGUCUCUCCGACGUUAACUACACGUUACAUGAGCAACUCAGUUUUGAUAAAGAGUGCCACAAACCUCCAAGAAAUAACCAUCAAGCUCACUUCACAUCAAUUGAUUAAUCAUGACAAAUACCGUCGUCGUAUUAGGCGGUAGCCUAGGCGGUAUGGCCGUCACCCAUCAACUGCUCAAGUACACGCGACCUCGUGAACAAGAUCUCAAAGUUAUACUGGUCUCAAAGAGCAGCCACUUCUACUGGAACCUAGCUUCUGUUCGCGCCAUUGUCCCUGGCGUUAUAAAUGAUGAUGAGAUUUUUGCGCCUAUCAAGCCAGGCCUGGAUCAGUAUCCCGCCGGCAGCGUUGAGUUCAUUGUCGGCACCGCUUCUGGCGUUGAUCACACGGCCCGUACCGUAACAGUCAAUACAGAUGCUGGUGCUGAUCAGAAGACCGUGCUCAAGUAUGAUCAUCUUGUCAUUGCUACCGGUGCCGAAACCGUUGACCCCUCACUCCCUUGGAAAGCAUCCAGCUCGCACGAGGACCUCGUGGAGAGCCUUCACAGCACUGCUGAAAAGGUUGAAAAGGCUACGCAUGUUGUUGUCGCCGGUGCCGGAGCUACAGGCGUUGAACUCGCGGGCGAAAUUCAAUAUGCUUAUCCCUCGACUACCGUUCUACUCAUCUCAGCUGAGGACAAAGUCGUCGCUGGAGACCAGAUUGCUGGUAGUGUUGAGUCUGAGCUGAAGCGCCUUGGUGUUGAGAUCCGUGCUGGAGUACGAUCCGAAGACACGACGGAACUACCAGAUGGCAAGACGUUGGUGAAGCUGUCCAAUGGGGAGGAGUUGGUGACAGAUUUAUUCCUCGCGACGAUGGGAUUGAAGCCAAAUUCUGGGUUCCUGCCCAAGGAGUGGCUUACCGAGCAGGGCUAUGUCGACGUGGACGAUGAGAUGCGCGUCAAGAAUGCAGAGGGUGUAUGGGCAGUUGGAGACGUCGUAUCCAAGCCUCGCGCCGCAUUCUUGAUCACGGAGGCUCAGGCUGCCGGUGUCUUCAAAAACAUUGACCUCGUACUCAAAGGCAAGGAACCACAGCCUGUGAGCGGUCCUCGAGUGGAUGCUUUUCUAUGCGCCACAGGUCGAAGUCGCGGAGCUGGACGCCUAGGCAAAGUUCCGGUGCCAUCGCUUGCUGUAUGGGCCGUCAAGGGUCGUACAUUAGGUCUAGAACGUACCAAGAAGUACGUCAACGGAAGUAUGUGGUGA